GAGCGCUCCGGGGGGCGGGGCGGAGAGGAGCAGGAGCCGCUGCAGGAGGAGGGACCGGGGCCUGGCGCUGGCUGGGCGGCUGUGGGGCCAGGCAGCAGCAGCAGCAGCCGCAGCCGCAGCCCCUCGCCCCUCCUCCUCCUCCUCCCAGCCCCCGGGCCUCCGGGGCUCGGUGGAUCGGCGAGCCCGGCCCCAUGGAGCUGCACAUCCUGGAGCACCGGGUCCGGGUGCUGAGCAUCGCGCGCCCGGGACUCUGGCUCUAUACGCACCCGCUUGUCAAACUGCUCUUCCUGCGGCAGCGGAGCCGGUGCAAGUUUUUCAGCCUGACAGAAACCCCAGAAGAUUACACCCUAAUGCUGGACGAAGAAGGAUACAAAGAGCUGCCCCCGUCAGAGUUCUUACAGGUGGCUGAGGCCACGUGGUUGGUGCUCAACGUUCUAUCCAACAGCAGCUCGGCCACUAAUUUUCAGGCCGUUGGCGUCACCAAGAUCGCCCGGUCGGUCAUCGCUCCACUGGCCGAGCACCAUGUCUCCGUGCUCAUGUUGUCCACCUACCAGACAGACUUUAUCCUGGUCCGGGAGCAGGACCUGCCGGUAGUGAUCCAUACUCUGGCCCAGGAGUUUGCCAUCUACCGGGAGGUCGAUGGAGAGCCCAUGCCUGUGGCCUGUGAUGAUGCCAGCAAUGGCUUCCACAAAGCCAAACUGGGCCCCAGCCCCACUGUGCACCCCAUCCAGAGCCCCCAGAACAGAUUCUGCAUCCUCACGCUGGACCCUGACACCCUCCCUGCCAUUGCCACCACGCUCAUGGACGUCCUUUUCUACUCCCACAGUGCUUCAAAGGAGGGGGCUUCUGAUGAUCUGGACCUUGACUCCAUCCCCUUUUUUGCCUUCUCCCUGAUUGAGGGCUACAUCUCUAUUGUCAUGGAUGCUGAGACACAGAAGAAGUUCCCCAGUGACCUGUUACUCACCAGCUCCUGUGGAGAACUCUGGAGAAUGGUUCGAAUUGGGGGCCAGCCCCUGGGCUUCGAUGAGUGUGGGAUCGUGGCCCAGAUUGCCGGGCCCCUGGCCGCUGCCGAUAUCUCUGCCUACUACCUUCAACUUUGACCAUGCCCUGGUACCUGAGGAUGGCAUCGACAGUGUCAUUGAGGUCCUUCAGAAUCGUCAGGAGAGCUGCCGGUAGUGGCUGGAUCGGGAACCUGUGUCCCUGUUGCUCAGGCUGGCUGGACACUCCCCCACCAUUGUCCUUUUCUUUGGUGGGAUUCUGGUGUCUCCAAAGGCUAAACCAAAGCUUUGCCCCAUGACAAUGGGGGCUGGUCUGGUGCCCCCUCUGUAUAGGUGUGUGUGAGGGGCAUGUCCUCUGGGGCCACCUUUCACUCAAAUUUUCAAGUAGUUGGUUUCCUGGUCCUAUUGCCUAAGCAGGUGCCUAGGGGUAGGGGACUGGAUGCCCCUGGGGCUAGGGGUAGAAGGGGAGAUGAUCUCAAGCCUUCCCUCCCAUCCUUUGGAACCUGGAUCGUUUUCUUGGCCUCCUCUCGGAGCUGGCCCUGCUCUGAGGCCUGGCCCCCAGUGGGUGAGAAUUAGGCCAAAGUUGGUUCCCUUCAGUUCUUCUCCCCACGUCCUCCCCUGGAGGGCAGGAAAGCUAAGAGGCCUGGCCUCUAAUGAACAAAACACUCAUGUGUGCCUUAUCCAUGAAGCUGUGUAGGCACACAUGUGCCCACAAAGUGGAACCAUGGUGCUGUGGAUGGCUUCACUUGGGAAGCCUCCCGCCUUGACACUCCCCUGCCCCAGCUCUUGUAACGUCUUUGCACAUGCUCCCUCCAUGUGGAACUGGGCCGGAGUUGCCCCCUCUCUGUCCUUUCUGCAGCCCUCUCUCCUGCCCCACUCCAUGGUCCUGGGAGGGAGCUCCCUCUGCAGAGGGCUGGUCCCCAUACCCUUCCUCUCCUAGGGGUAGCCUAUGAUCCCUGUCCCAUCUUUGGGGAGGAGCCAUCAUUAUUACAUCUCCUGUUUUUAAGAAAUAUCCUUGGCAGUAAAGCACUUUGCAAUCCCUGC